AUGACCAGACUGCCUGCACCCCGUAUAAAAUUUUAGGGUAUAUUUCGGGACAUUACAGUUCCACCCGUUCGGGUGAGAUUCUCGCCAGUUAGAGCGUGACCUUCAUUUUGAAGGGGAAGAUUAUGAUUCCAAAUUGUCUGCAUUACAUUAUUAUUAAAAUGGGCGCCCCGACCGAGCAAGCCGCCGGCGACUUCGUUUUCCGGUCAAAGCUCCCGGACAUCCACAUCCCCAACCACCUCCCUCUCCACUCCUACUGCUUCCAGAACAUUUCCCAACUGCGGGACCGCCCCUGCCUAAUCAACGGCUCCGACGACCGGAUUUACACUUACGCGGAAGUGGAACUCACGUGCCGGAGAGUCGCGUCCGGGCUCCACAAGCAGGGGAUCAACCGGGGCGACACCGUCAUGAUCCUCCUCCCCAACUCGCCGGAGUACAUCUUCACGUUCCUCGGCGCGUCUUACGGCGGCGCGAUCGCCACAAUGGCCAACCCCAUGUUCACGCCGGCGGAGGUGGUCAAGCAGGUCAAAGCGUCCAACGCAAGGCUCAUCGUUACCCAAGCCUCCAACGUCAACAAGGUGAAAGAAUAUGCAGGGGAGAGAGAAAUAAGGGUGGUGUGCACAGAUGCGGCGGUGGACGGGUGCCUCCACUUCUCGGAGCUGGCGGGGGCGGACGAAGGCGAGGCGCCGGCGGCGGAAGUUGAUCCGGAGGACGUGGUGGCGCUCCCGUACUCCUCCGGGACGACGGGGCUCCCGAAGGGGGUGAUGCUGACGCACAAGGGACUGGUGACCAGCGUGGCGCAACACGUGGAGGGGGAAAACCCCCACUUCUACCUCCACGGGGAGGACGCCCUCCUCUGCGUUUUACCCUUCUUCCACAUUUACUCCAUGUCCAUAUUUCUCUGCGGGUUGCGGGUCGGGGCCCAGAUCCUGAUCAUGCAGCGGUUUGAGAUUGCCCCGUUUUUUGAGCUCAUACAGAAGUACAAAGUUACCGUAACGCCCUUGGUCCCGCCCAUCGUUUUGGCCAUUGCUAAGAGCCCUUUGGUGGACGAUUAUGACCUUUCAUCCGUUCGGGUUGUCAUGUCCGGGGCCGCCCCGCUGGGCAAGGAGCUCCAGGAUACCCUUAGAGAAAAAUUCUCUAACGCUAGAUUUGGUCAGGGAUAUGGAAUGACAGAAGGUGGGUCGGUGCUGGCAAUGGGCUUAGCCUUUGCAAAAGAGCCUUUUGAGAUCAAAUCUGGUUCGGUUGGGACCGUUGUUAGGAAUGCGGAGUUGAAGAUUGUGGAUCCUGAAACCGGGUCCUCUUUGCCCCGGAACCAACCCGGCGAGAUUUGCAUUAGGGGUCACCAAAUCAUGAAAGGAUAUUUGAAUGACGAAGAGGCGACAAAAAUAACAAUCGACAAGGAAGGAUGGCUACACACGGGGGAUGUAGGGUACAUAGACGAGGACGACGAGCUAUUCAUCGUGGACCGACUCAAGGAGCUCAUCAAAUACAAAGGCUUUCAAGUCGCCCCCGCCGAACUUGAAGCCUUACUCCUUACCCACCCCCUCAUUUCUGAUGCUGCUGUCAUCCCCAUGAAAGAUGAAGAUGCUGGAGAAGUUCCAGUUGCUUUUGUUGUUAAGUUGAAUGGGUGUAACAUCACCGAGGAUGAUGUUAAAGACUUUGUCUCUAAGCAGGUGAUAUUUUACAAGAGAAUAAGGAAUGUAUUUUUUGUGGAGGCAGUUCCCAAAUCUCCAUCAGGAAAGAUACUAAGAAAGAACCUAAGAGCAAGACUUGAAGCCCAAUGAAUGACCCAAUAAAUUACUUCUUCCAUACAUCUGUGGAUCAAAACCUGUUGACUUUUUGUCUUCAGAUCAUCACAUUCUCUUACAUAUACUCAAUUUCCGAUGUUGUUGAUAACAUUAGUUAUAAAAGAUCUGUACGGAGUAUACUCCAUCUGUCCGGAUUUAGGUUUCCACUUUCUUUGUUUUUUUCUUUUUUGGGAAUUACGGAGUAGCUGUCUUCUUUCAUGUACUCUUCUUCCGUCUCAAAAUAAGGUCUCUCGUUUGGUUUGACAUGAAAUUUAAGUAAAGUAAGAUUGUAUGA